CUUCCGUUCUAGAAACAAAGAACAGAGUCGAACCAAAAUCACCUCCAUGGUUAAGGAGAUGGCGGGUGGGCAAGUGGAGAAGCGAGUCAGACUCAAAAGCUCUGGGAAGGAUCCAGGAACUCCUGGGUUUCUCAGAAUAAGGGAAGAGAUGUUGCUCUUUGUCGCAGAUGAUCCGAAAUCAGAUUCAAAGCUUAAAGUGCAGACUCAAAACAUCGAAAGUCAUAUAUGUACCAAAGAAGGAUCAAACAAACCUAAUUGGCUUAAACUGACGAAUAAGGAGGUCUUUUGUUUGCCCUUGGAAGGAGUCAUAUCUUCGAGUUUUAAAAUUAUUCGGACAUGCAUGCUUGCCGUGACUUUAUCACAAAGGCCCUUGCUAAAUGUGAAGAGAAAUCAGCUGUUUCGACAUCCUCUGAGCAGCUCAGUUUUGCAGACUUGGAGCUACGCUUCAAGCUUCUUCGAGAAAGUAGGUAUUGAGCUGCAGAGAUUGCAUAAGCAACUUGUGGAAGGUAAAGUCUUGACGGAAGAUGAAUUUUGGGCUACAAGAAAGAAAUUGCUUGGUAAAGUUUCCACCGGAAAGUCAAAACAACAGGUCGGGAUCAAGAGCAUGAUGGUUUCUGGCAUCAAACCGUCUACCGAUGGGCGGACCAAUAGGGUGACGUUUAACUUGACACCAGAGAUCAUUUUUCAGAUUUUUGCUGAGAAGCCGGCUGUUCGGCAGGCAUUCGUAAACUAUGUUCCGAGUAAGAUGACAGAAAAGGCCUUUUGGACAAAAUAUUCUAGAGCGGAAUAUCUCUACAGCACCAAAAACACAGCAGUAGCUGCUGCGGAAGCUGCUGAAGACGAGGAACUCGCGGUCUUUCUGAUGCCUGAUGAGAUAUUGGCUCGGGAAACGCGUCAAAAGAUUAGACGGGUUGAUCCGACUCUAGACAUGGAGGCUGACCAGGGAGACGAGUACACUCAUCUAAUGGACCAUGGGAUACAGCGUGAUGGCACCAGUGACGUUGUUGAACCACGGAAUGACCAGUUUAGGAGAUCACUGUUGCAAGAUCUUAAUCGUCAUGCUGCUGUUGUGUUGGAAGGCAGAAGCUUUGAUGUUGAGUCAGAGGAUACGAGGACUGUAGCAGAGGCUCUAACACGGGGCAAACAAGUAAGCAAAGCUGGUGGUGGAAGCACCAAGGAUGCUAAUCAGGAGAGAUUGGCGAGAAUGUCUCGGGCAGCAGAAAUGGAGGAUCUUCAAGCACCACAAAACUUGCCGUUAGCACCACUUUGUAUCAAGGACCCUCGUGAUUACUUUGAAUCUCAACAAGGGAACAUCAUCCUUAAUGAACCUAGAAGAGCAGGGGCAUCGAAGAGAAAUGUCCAUGAAGCUUAUGGGUUGCUUAAAGAAUCCGUUUUGGAGAUUAGAAGUACAGGGUUAAGUUAUCCAUUGAUUAAACCUCAAGUUUCCUUCGAGGUUUUCAGUUGGUUAACCCGAACUAUCUCAACGGCCAAAAAUAUCAUCGGGAAGAACCCAAAAGAGAGCUUUCUGAACAGAUUACCAAAGUCCACUAAAGAUGAGGUUCUACAUCACUGGACAUCAAUACAGGAAUUACUAAUACAUUUUUGGUCAUCUUACCCAAUAACAACCACAUAUCUUCAUACCAAGGUUGGUAAACUGAAAGAUGCAAUGUCCAAUACAUAUUCAGAACUCGAUGCAAUGAAACAGUCGGUGCACUCUGAUCUUCGGCAUCAGGUUUCAUUAUUGGUUCGCCCAAUGCAACAGGCUCUUGAUGCUGCGUUUGAACACUACGAAGCGGACUUGCAGAGAAGAACAAGAACCGCUAAGAGCGGUGAAGGACCAAACGGGUGCAUUUAGAAGACAAACAAAUCGUUGUUUUCAUUUGUUGCUUUUUGUCCGAUCUAUUGAGAUGGAAACAAAAAAGGCGUUGAUGUUUUUGUACUUGGAAAGAUUAAAGAGAUUUUUCGUCGACAUAAUUCUCGAACUUACCCACUGAACAAUUGAGUUUUAUAGUGUAAUAAUAGAAACGAUUCUCCAAAGGAAUUAGCCUCAGUGGGUUUCAGGUUAAGUGUGUUGCUUGAGGCUUUUUAUUUGUUUUCUGACGAGAUUUUGAUAUUUGUGUAAUAUUCGGUCUGAUCCGGCGGAUUACGCAAAUCAACAACAUAUAGAUGCGCU